AUGUUAGCCUUCAGUCAGUGUGAGGAGGGAUGGAGGGCCAAUGAGGACAAGUGUUACUACUUCUCUACCGACACAAAGUCCUGGGAUGAUGCCCGCACAGACUGUGUGCGACGGGGGAGCCAUCUGAUGAGCAUCCUGGACAUUCAUGAGAGGACAUGGGUACGGACUCAGGUUGGUACAGAGAUUUUCUGGAUCGGUCUGAAUGACAUUGCUGCUGAGGGAGUGUGGGAGUGGACUGACGGGAACACUUUCCUCCCCUUCUUAGCAUACUGGAAACCAGGGAAUCCUGACAACUGGGAGGACAACGAGGAUUGUGGGGAGGUGGUGGGGGGAGAGCAAGGACGAUGGAAUGAUGACGUCUGCACUAGCCGGCGGAAGUAUAUAUGCAAGCGCCCCAACCCUAAUCCUCCAACAACGUGCGACACAGCCAACGGAUGGAGCCAGUAUGGAUCCAACUGCUACAAACUAAAGACAGACACCAGGAAGAGCUGGUUGGGAGCCAGACACGACUGUGUUAGAGACGGGGCGGACCUGGUGUCCAUCGCAUCACCGGAAGAGGAGCAGUACAUCACAGGAAGACUGGACGAUUCCUUCUUUGACCUUUGGCUUGGCUACACCACUCUGAAAUGCACAACAAUAUCAUGUCAGGUUGAAAUUGACAGCACUCAGUUCAGCUGGUCUGAUGCUUCUCCUGCGGCCUACACCAACUGGGGAACUGAUCCCGUGCAGCCAGAUCUCAGUGAAAAGCAGAGCGGGAUUUGUGUGGCAGUGAUCAAGGAGGCAGGACAGGACUUUGGGAAGUGGAAGUCCCAUAUAUGUCGUCAUGAGCGUCCUUACAUGUGCAAAAGAGCACUCAACAAUUGGAAUGAGAAGUGUGGCUCUUGGAUGUCAGACCCGUUCAAUGACUACUGCUACCUGUUUAACUACCUGUCCAUGAGGAAAUGGGCUGAUGCACGUGCCGACUGUGUAAACCAGAAAGGGGACCUUCUCAGCAUCACCGAGCCCUUUGAGCAGGCCUUCAUUCAAUCUAAGGUUCAGCUGAUUCCUACGGGGGUCUCUGUGUGGAUGGGGGGACACGACUCCAUUACAGAGGGGGGUUGGGAGUGGACUGAUGGCUCUCCUUUCAGAUACAUCCACUGGAACGCAGGCAACCCAGACAACUAUGGAGGAGAGGAUUGCCUUUCCAUGCUUAUCAACACCGGCUACUGGAACGAUGACAACUGUGAUUACAAUAGAGGAUAUAUAUGCAAGCGCAGAGGGUUUGAAACUGCUUACAUCUGCGAGGACUCCAGUGCUGUCCUCCACUGUGAUACCAACAGUGUCAUCAACAUUCAGUCAGCUUUCCUUGGCCGCAAGAGUGACAAGAUCUGCCCCCACCAGGAAGGAGCUUCAGGAACAUGCACUGUAGAUGGCAUCCUGCCUUUGGUACGAAAGGCGUGUGACAACCGACCCUUCUGCUUCUUGUAUGCCUAUACUGAAACUGACCCCUGCCCUUCAAUCUCCAAAUACCUGGAAGUGGUGUACAGCUUGUGUCUGAGGGGACUGGGUGUGGAGGAUGGUAACGUCACUGACGCCAUGCUGUCCGCCUCGUCCUCACAGAGUUCACACGGUCCGAACGGAGCUCGUCUGAAUGGUGGCUCUUGCUGGAUGCCAUCAAAUCCCUUAAACUCCUGGAUCCAGGUGAACCUGGGUGAGGCCAAAAAGAUCACAGGUGUUGUGAUCCAGGGGUGUCCUACUGCAGAUCACUGGGUGACUAAAUUCAAGAUCCAGCACAGUAUGGAUGGAAGCAAAUGGACUGACUACAAAGACGAUGGAGGGGUAUUCACAGGCUGUAUGGACAGAAACACUCCAGAGACACAGCUUCUGGGCACUCCUGUCUCUGCCCAGUAUGUCAGGAUUCUUCCCCAGGAAUUCAACGGACAGACUGGUCUUCGCUUUGACAUCCUGGGAUGUAUACCUGAAUAUGCUGUGUCCUGUGAUGCAAAGCCCAACUUUAACUUUGCAAAUGAUCGUAUGACUGUACACUGCCCAGCAGGAUGUGCACAAGUACUAUAUACUGUUUAUGGCUCUGGCAUAUAUCGUGGGGACUCCGACAUCUGUGCAGCUGGUAUCCAUGCAGGAGUAAUCCUGAAUGAUAUCGGAGGAGACUGUACUAUGUUGAAAGAACCAGGCCAGAACUUCUACAGCGGCUCCACCAAGAACGGCAUCACCUCCAGGCAGUAUGAUGGGAACUAUCAAAUAUCAUACCAGUUUGCAGAUCAAGAGUUGAGAUGCUCGGGGCCUGACUGGUAUGAAUUUGGAGAUUUCUGCUACAAGCCCUACGGAGAUAAAAAGACAUGGCAUGCAGCCCGUGGAGAGUGCAGGAAGCUGGGAGCUGACCUGGUGUCCAUUCAGUCCAUGACAGAACAGAGCUGGCUGGAGAGCUACCUUUACAUGGCCACCAAUGAUGUGUGGAUUGGGCUGAAUGAUGUGGGCUUCUCAGGCCUGUUCUCCUGGUCAGACAACCACUGGGUCACUUUCACCUACUGGGCACCAGGAGAACCCAACAACCAUCAAGGCUUCAAUGAGGACUGUGUGGAGAUGUUUUAUCAGACUGGUAGAUGGAAUGAUGUCCCCUGCACAGAACUGAACACUUAUAUAUGCAAGAUGCCCAAAGACCACUACCCGCUUCCCUCCGUCAUGCCCACUAUGUAUGGAUGCACACAGGGCUGGGACGCCUAUGGCUAUUCCUGUUACUGGAUGGAAGAGACCGCCAGAACCUGGUCAGACGCCAAGGCCUUCUGUGAGCAGCAAAACAGCAAACUGCUACACAUUGGGGACAUUUAUGAACAGUCCCACUUCACGGUGAAACUGGCUGGAUACACUGGUUUGUGGUGGAUCGGACUGAGGGCCGGGGGUGAUUCAGGAGGGGUGGAUUACAUCUGGGAUAAUGGAGCACCUCUCACCUUCACACACUGGGAUCGAAACCAGCCAGAUAACCAUGCGGGAACCUGUGUUGGCAUGACUACGGGCCUUACUGGUGGGUUCUGGGAUGACAAGCCAUGCACUGAGGUGUUCCCAUUCGUGUGUGAGACACCAAGGCCUGACAUCACCCCGCCCACUAAACCUCCAACUCCUCCCCCUUCAUUGGACUGUGCGGACGGUUGGACGGCUGAGCGACACUUCAGGAACUGCUACAGGCUCUUCAUGGUGGACUUCUCCAAGAAGAAGAGCUGGUCCGCAGCCCGUGAAGACUGUACCUCCAGGGGGGCAGACCUUGUCAGUAUCCAUAACAUGGAGGAAGAGAACUUCCUGUCCACGUACACCAUGGGGAAGACCAAGUGGAUCGGUCUGAAACACAACCCUACAGAUGGAGGUUACCACUGGAGUGACGCUACUCCUGUGAGCCACACCAACUGGGGACACGGGGAGCCCAACAACCACGAGGGUCGUGAGGACUGUGUAGAGAUGGUGAGCAACACAAAUGGAACGUCCUCUUGGUGGAACGAUCUCAACUGUGAUGCCCAUCAGGACUGGAUCUGCAUGAUCUCCAAGGGGAAGAAACCCAUCAUACCUCCAGUGCCCCCUCCUCCUGUUCCAGCACCUGACUGCGGUACCAAUGCUGUCUGGAGGAAGAACAAUGGCAUCUGCUACUACUACAAUGACACCGACAUAGUAGACUUCCAGACAGCUAUGUCCCGCUGCUACAAUGAGAAGGCUCAACUGGUCUCCAUCUUAAACAAAGAUGAACAGGAGUACAUCAACACGAUGAUUGGGACGGGACGGGCUGAAUCAUCAUGGAUUGGAAUGUAUGUGUUUGGGAUUGCAGCAGACCAAUACCAGUGGGUGGACUGGUCCCCUGUCACAUAUGUUUUCUGGGGUCCGGGAGAGCCUAAUAAUGCCAAUGGGGAGGAACAGUGUGUCCAGAUGAACAGACAUCAAGGUAAUUGGAAUGAUGUCAACUGCGCCCGUACCAAUGCAGGUUACCUGUGUAAGAAAUACCCUGGUGAAGACCACACUCCUCCUCCUCCCACCCAACCCUGGACGGGAUACUGCCCAGCGGGAUGGAUGCUGUUCCGAAACAAGUGCUUCAUGUUCCAAGGGCACAAGCACGGGAUGAAAGCCAACUGGGACUCUGCUCGGAGUUGGUGCCAAAGUAAAGGAGCAGAAUUAGCUGUCAUCGACAAUCAAUAUGAGAACGACUUUGUGUCCAGCUAUCUAAGGGAUCUGAAGCUGCCAACAUGGAUUGGUUUGACAGACAGCCUGGUGGAGGGAGGGUUUGGCUGGAGUGAUGGUGUGAGUCCAGUGUUGUACACCAACUGGGCCGACAAGGAACCCAACAACAAUGGAGGACGGGAGCACUGCACCGCCAUUACCCAUAACCACUUGGUGAGUGGACGCUGGAAUGAUGACUUGUGCACUGAGGAACAUAGCUGGGUCUGCUCCAUGAAGAAAUCAAGUAGUAUGGCUCCGCCAGCUCCAACCCAAAACCCCUGCCCCUCUGGUUACGUCUCCUGGUAUAAGAACUGCUACAAGCUGGUGGAGGAGCCGAAGACGUGGGAGGCAGCUCAGGUGGCCUGUGAGCAGGAAGGUGGUAACUUGGCCAGCGUAGACAUGAGCUACGACCAGGCCUUUGUGGCCGGGGCUAUACUCCAGGGCAAAGCAGACGCAUGGAUUGGACUAAGACGCAAGGAUGAUAGCAGUUCAUAUAAAUGGACAGACGGCUGGACAGUGUUCUUCACUCACUGGGGACCUGGGGAGCCUAGUAACCACAAAGCAGAGGGCUGUGUGAGCAUGCAUGCAGACCCUAUAUUCCACGGAACAUGGAACGACACCGAUUGUAAUUCUGCUAAGGCCUACAUCUGCAAGACCUCCUCGGAGUCUCCUCCUCCAACCCCAGCCCCUGGAGAUGGGAAAUGCCUUUUUGGCUGGGUUCCCUAUGGUCGCUACUGCUACUUUGUAUACAACGGGCCCCAGGGAUAUUCCUGGCCAGAGGCCAGACACUACUGCCAAAUAGUGAGAGGAGACCUGGUGUCCAUCCACAGUAGAGCAGAGGUGGAGUUCAUCACGAAAAUGAAUUACACCAGAGAACACAACGUCUGGAUCGGCCUGACCAGGGACAACAACUUUGGCUGGAGUUGGACAGACAUGCAGGCCUUGGCUUUCCUAAACUGGGCACCUAACGAGCCCAACGAAGCCUUCCACCAAGGAGACGUGGGAAGAGAGAACUGUGUCGAGAUGUACCCUGACGGACAAUGGAAUGAUAACAACUGCGUGCAGAAGAGAGGAUAUGCCUGUCGCCACCGCCAAUACUACACCACAGAUGGCGGUGGUAUAGUCAUUCCCACUGAUGCUCCCGAGGCUAGCAGUGCAGGACUGAUAGCUGGGGCUGUGAUUGGGGCCAUUGUUGUCUUCACCUUGAUAUUUGGACUGCUAUAUUACGUCUUCAGCAUCAGAGGAGUCAAGCUGAGUGACGUCAGCUUCCCAACAAGAACGGGAAGGAGCGUUGAUGUGCCUGCUUUCAACAACCCCAACUUUGGAGGAGAAUCGGAAACAUGAAACAUGGGAUUUGGAUCAGUUUUUGUAUAUUUGUAAUGAACCAUGAUUGCCACAGUUUCUCUUGUAUAAGAAAUCACCAUGUCAAUAACUUAGGUCUGUUUAAAUAAAGCAUUAA